AUGGAGCACAAAGUAGCAGUUCUGUCCGUGCUGCUGUUAGUAGUGAUUCAGUUAGCUUGCAUCGAUGCUGACACUGCUUCUAGAUUAGUUCCAGGUCGAUGUCGCCCCCGCACAUGCAAACUAUAUUGUCGAUAUGGAUUUAUCAUGGAUUCAAAUAACUGCCCCACCUGUUCCUGUAGGAUCCUACCCAGGCCAAAACCAAGCCAGUGUGGCCCCGUGUGCAUGAUUUUCUGCCAAUAUGGCAACAUCUUGGACUCCAGAGGCUGUCCCACCUGCAAAUGCAAGCCUGGACCUGCAGCUUAA